GUGACGCUGGCUGGGGCCAGAGAGCUAGGAAGCACCCCGCGAACUGCCUGGGAAGGGCACCAGCCUCCGUGGUUGGAGUAGAGGGUGCCGUGCAGGUUCUAUUUGUCCUCUCUGGACGUCUGGACUCCGCUGACCCGUGGGCCUUGUUCAGUGUUGUGGACAACAGGAGCCUAAUAUUCAGAACCUGAGGCGGGCAGCUAUUUGUGUAAGGAAGUCUGGAAGUACCUCCUCUCCCACUGUGUCCUGUGAAAAGGAAAUAGCAGCAGUUGCAAGCACAGUCCUUGGCAGACUAAGAAAUGAGAAAAAUACCAAAUCAUGGGACCCUGCGGAUGACGAAGGUGGCAUACCCCCUGGGACUGUGCUUGGGCCUAUUCAUCUACGUCGUCUACAUCAAGUGGCACCGGGCCUCUGCUACCCAGGCCUUUUUCACUAUCGCUGGGGCAGCCUCAGGGGCCCGGUGGGGACAACAGGCCCGCAGCUCACUAGGAUCAGCUAUACGUGGUCAUGAGGUCUUCUAUGGGAUCAUGUUUGAUGCCGGAAGCACUGGCACCCGCGUGCAUGUCUUCCAAUUUGCUCAGCCUCCUGGAGAAACCCCCACCUUGACCCAUGAAACCUUCAAAGCACUGAAGCCCGGUCUUUCCGCUUAUGCUGACGACGUUGAAAAGAGUGCUCAGGGAAUUCAGGAACUGCUGGAUGUUGCUAAACAAGAGAUUCCAUUCGACUUCUGGAAGGUCACUCCUCUGGUCCUCAAGGCCACAGCUGGUUUGCGUCUGUUACCAGGAGAAAAGGCCCAUAAGUUAUUGCAAAAGGUGAAAGAGGUGUUUAAGGCAUCACCUUUCCUGGUAGGGGAUGACUGUGUUUCCAUCAUGAACGGAACGGACGAAGGCGUAUCAGCAUGGAUCACUGUCAACUUCCUAACAGGCAGUUUGAAAACCCCAGGAAGGAGCAGUGUGGGCAUGCUGGAUUUGGGCGGAGGAUCCACUCAGAUCACCUUCCUUCCACGGGUCGAGGGCACUCUUCAGGCCUCUCCACCUGGCCAUCUGACAGCACUGCAGAUGUUUAACAGGACCUAUAAGCUCUACUCCUACAGCUACCUGGGACUGGGAUUGAUGUCAGCACGACUGGCGAUCUUAGGCGGUGUGGAGGGAAAACCUGUUAAGGAUGGAAAGGACUUGGUCAGCCCCUGUCUAUCUCCAAGUUUCAAAGGAGAGUGGGAACAUGCUGAAAUAACAUACAGGAUUUCAGGACAGAAGGCAGGGAGCCUCUAUGAGCUGUGUGCCAGCCGAGUGUCAGAAGUACUUCGAAAUAAAGUACACAGAACAGAAGAGGUGAAGCACGUGGACUUUUAUGCUUUUUCCUACUAUUAUGACCUUGCAGCCAGUGUCGGUCUCAUAGAUGCGGAGAAGGGAGGCAGCCUUGUGGUCGGGGACUUUGAGAUAGCAGCCAAGUAUGUGUGUCGGACUCUGGAGACUCAGCCACACAGCAGCCCCUUCGUGUGCAUGGAUCUCACCUACAUUACCUUGCUGCUCCAGGAGUUUGGCUUUCCCAGGAAUAAAGUGCUGAAGCUGACUCGGAAAAUCGACAAUGUGGAGACCAGCUGGGCUCUGGGGGCCAUUUUUCACUACAUCGACUCCCUGAACAGAGAGAAGAGUCCAGCCUUGUAGUAGCAGAACCCCAAUCUCCACUCCAACCAGUAUUCCUGGCUCCCAUCUCCAUGGACCCCUCCAUCCUGGACAUGAUUUUAUCCUUGAGGAGCCACCAUGCUGACUGAGACCCCUCCUCCUGCAGCCCUCAGAGCUACCUACCUGUGCAUCAGCCUCUGCUGUGCUGUGGGUGACCUGAGAGUGGGAACCUGACCUAGAACAGAGCCUUGCCAAUGCUUCCUUCCUGCCUGGGAUCCAGGUGGGCUGUGAGCCAGACAGAGCUAAGGGCCAUACUGAGAUUGAGGCACACAAGACCCUGUGUCCUCCUCUCCAUCUCUGUGGCUGUGGCUGCUGUUGUCUCCGUCCCUGUGACCUGAAUCUUGCUCUGGCUCUCAGCCUCUGUUGUUUCCUCCCCAAGGACAGGCCUCCACCUGUACCGGAGAGUUUGGAGAGGUUACACAAGCUGUCCUGGCUACUCUGGGGGAGCCAAGAAAGAACCAGUGUGACCUCCAGGAGAGCAGGUCUCUUGUGUGUUUCUCUCUUCCUUGGGGGUGAGCAUACGAUAUCACCCAGUGGUCUGCUCCCUCAGAUCUCGGAUGAUGUAAGGGUAACUGAUGGGGGAUGCUAUGGGUAAGAAGAGGGGUGGGAGAUCCCAUGUGCCCAGGUCUGCUGAACAAGUCUGCCACAGGCAUAGCAGAGCUGAGUGUGAACUGCUAUAAGAACAUUUGUGGCCAUGCUGCUGGAGCCCUCUUUGUCAUGUGAGUGCUGAGUGCUUGUGUACAAACUAUGUCUGAGCCGCUUUUUUUGAACACCAGCUCUGUGUUCCAGUGAAUGUAUUGCUGCUAUGAGCCAUUUGCAGACAAACAGGGAAGGGUAAGAAGACACAGUUCCAGAACCAUCCUCUUGCAGCCCUUGUGCUGUCUUGGACUACAAUCCAUCUUCUGUGGUGAACCUGCCCUCCUCAAUGGGCCUGGGUCAUAGCUGACACUUGAGCAUCGUUUGUGUCCCAGUGCCUGUGUCCACCAGGGUUUCUUCUAUGAAUGUGCAGUACAUGGAAUAAACUCAAUCUGUGUUCCGCUCCAAAUAAAAGGUUUACAAGGUUU